AUGCGCCACGUCCACGCGCAGGCCGUCGGCGCCUUCGACGCGCCGCCGCCGCCGCCGCCGUGCGCGCGCAGCUGCGACACCCUGGCCGGCCACGACGACUUCGACGACGACGACGAGGAGGUGGCGGCCGCCACGGCGGCGGCGGAGAAGGCCGAGAAGUCUGAGAAGGCCGACAAGGAGGAGCACGUGGGGUUGUUCAAGAGGGCCAUCAGCGCGCCCACCAUCCCGCGAGUGUUGGUGCUGCGCCGCCGCAAGGACUCGGACGAGGCGAGCUCCGCCAGCUACAGCACCUGGGGCCGCGGCAGCCGCGCCAGCAUGGCCAGGCCGGGCUCGGCCCUGCGCCGCAGCAAGUACAUGCCGGAGGGGCAGAAUGGCUUCGAGGAGCUGCGGAGGUACAUCAAGCAGGGCGGAGACUUCUGCAAGGACCUCACCAGCAUUCUCCAAGAAAGGGCGGAGGCUGAGCAGGUCUAUGCAAAAAGUUUGGCAAAACUGUCCUCAAAACUACUCAAGGCCAGCAAGGAUUCUGUUGGCUCUGUCGGCCAAGCAUGGCAAAGGAUAGGAACUGAAAUGGAAUGCCAGGGCGAAAUUCACAGGACAUUCGCUGUAGCUCUAAGUGAAGAAGUAGUCAAACCACUGAAGCAGCUAGUAGACUCCCAGCACAGGAUAAGGAAAUCAGUGGAGUCUUCAGUUGACAAAACAGCCAAAAGCCUCUCAGAAUGGCGACAAGCAGAGGCCAAGAGUAAGAAGACAUCAUUUAUGUGUGCUCGAGAUAACGAAAAGCUGCAAGACGCAAUGGUAGAGGGACGACAGUCAACCCGAGGUUCAUCUCUACACUUACAUCAUGCAGUGCACAACAAAAUGUCAGAGAAAGAUGUGGCAAAGCUUGAAACAAAAAGGCGUAAAGCAGAAGAUUCUGUGAAGAAAGCUGAUGUGGAAUAUUACACAUUUUGUAUUCGAGCAGAAAGAGCCAGACUUGAGUGGGAGACAGCUGUUUUGAGAGGAAGCUACUGCCUGCAAGCCAUUGAGGAGGAAAGGCUUCAAAACUUAAAAGAACUGGGCUCUAUGUACUUGAGACACUUGAAAGAAAUGGGACCAAAGAUGGUGCAGAGUACAGAUAGGUUGAAUGAGCCAGUGCAAAACUGUGAUGUGGCCACAGACAUUCAAACGGUAGUUUCUUUAAAGGGCACAGGGCAGCCCCCAUCAGAGCAGCUACUGCCGGAUUUCUAUGCUGAACAUGUUACCUUGGGUAUGAAUAGAGAUAGGCGCAAACAGGCACUUGUCAAAGUUAUGCAGUUAAUCAAACAAGAUUUGGAAAGGGAGCGACGAAGUAAGCAAGGAGUUGAAAACCUGGCAAGAGCUCUUCAGCAGACGCCAAACUUUGGAGCAGAGGAUUCACAACAAAAUGUCACAGAAAAACUGCAUCAUAUGCGGGCGAUGUUGACUUAUUUGGAGGCAGCAAGAUACAAAGUCCAAAGCGUGCUGGCUGAGUUGGAAGGAAGACCAAACCAAGCCCACCCUUUGUCUUCACAUAUUAUAGUUCAUCGAGAUAGGCAAGGACUUCAACAAAGCAUACUGAAGGUGCCUCCCUGGGUGCGAAAGGACUCUUUAGAUCAGAUGAAUGGAGACUCUCCAGAUUGGAUGGACAGAGGAGCUGCUGAUGGCAAUUCUGUUCAACCUGACAGUGACUUUGAUGAAUUUUCUAGCCAAGGAAGUGAAAAAGACUUUAAUGGUAGCUUAAUUAUUUCGGAAUGUGCGAGUACAACACAAGCAAGCAACAAUCCCAGUGUGGGUACAUGCCGUGCCCUGUAUCAGUAUGCAGCAAAUCUUUAUGAUGAAUUAAAUUUAAAUCCAGGAGAUGUCAUCAACAUUCACGACAAGCAGGAUGAUGGCUGGUGGCUUGGGGAGCUCAAUGGCACUGUUGGCAUUUUCCCUGCCACCUAUGUUGAAGAAAUUAAAUGAAAUGUAAGAAAGGAGGAAACUACCUUCAAUUUCACUCCUCACACAUAGUCAAAUUUUUUGUGUAAAGAUGAAAUUAAAAUGUAAAAUGUUUUCCAAAGGCACUGUGAACAUACUGUAUAUUUUGUUUGAAUAGGCCUGUAUCAACUGUUUCCAGAAGCAAAAUCAAAGUUAUGGAAUGAAAGCGAUUGAAAGUUGGUGUGCAUUUCCAUCUUACCGUAAUCGUAAUUGAUGUAACCUUCCAUACUUAUGUCCUUACUUCUGACUAGAAAGUUUUAUCUGUUGAAUGCCUAAAUUAAUGUUAGUCAUAUGCGUUUGUCUAUUGUGAUACUUAAGCUUUGACAAAAAGUAGGAUUUAAUGAAUAAAAAAUACCCUACUAAUGAAUUUAUGUGUAUUACUUUGAAAAAGUAUCCAUUGUUAAAAAUAAAUCUAGUGAAAUCAUUUGUACAUUUCAUGCUCAAUACUAAAAAAAAAAAAAAAUAUUUUUGGUAGGAAUCUCAUUGAAUGAAAGAAAGAGAAAUGUGCACAGGGAACACCUUGGUCAACCUAUUCUGUA